GACAGGCUACACUUCCUACUCGUUUAGGUGGUCUCGGUCUACGUGAGGCUCACAGAUCUUCCUCUGCAGCCUUUGUCGGUAGUUGCAACUCCUCUCGGACUUUGUCUCUCCGCCUGCUCUUCACUCCUUCAAUGCCAUUUUCUCCACCUGAUGGGUCAGAUAGUAUGUCUCCUACUUCCGUUUUCCCUGGCGAAUUGGAAUGUCGGCAGUGUUUGGCGGAUCUUUUACCACCUAAUAGUACGGCGCUAUCUGUUAAUUCCACGCAACAUUCAAUUCAACGAGCUUUAGAUGACGCUUUGAAAUCCAGCGUUAGGUCGUCUCUUUGUAGUUUGCGAGAACAAGCGCGUUUUAAUGCUGUCACAUUUUCUCAUGUGGGGGCUUGGUUGAGGGCAAUCCCUAACCCAAAUCUCAGCCUGGCCAUGUCCCCGCGUGAAUUCGUGACUGCUUUGCGUUUGCGCUUAGGAGUUCCAGUGUUUUCACCUCCCCCACGUUCAAUUCGCUGUGUCUGUGGCCAUAUUUUAGAUGUCUUUGGUGACCACGCACUUGGCUGUAGCAGCUCUCUGCGAAUCAGACGACAUGACGCCUUAUGUGACACCGUCUAUCACUGGUUGCUUGUGGAUAAUUCUGGGGUACGAAGAGAGCAGCGGUGUUCUUCUCAAUCCAUGGACAGACCAGGUGAUGUUUUUCAUCCCGACUUCUCUAACGGAAAGGCUGCUUAUUUUGAUAUCUCAGUGCGAAAUUCAUUUUCUCCCUCACAUGUCAUCAAUGCAGCUGUAAAGGCUGGUGCUGCAGCUCAAGCUGGGGAAAUGGAGAAAGACGAACGCCACGACUCAAAUGUUUCCUCAUAUGGUUGCUUGUUCUAUCCUUUGGUUGUUGAGUCAUAUGGAGUCUGGUCAGAACAUAGUCUUGAACUGCUGAAGUCUAUUGCCAAGAAGUCUACUCUGUCUACAGCCAACGUCUGA